AUGCGUUGUUAUUUACUCGCUGUUUUUCUCCUAUUGUUUAUUGCCAAUUUUGCCUAUUCUUUUCAAAUUAAACCAAAACCAAUUCUAUCAUUACCAACUGCACCCAAACCAAUUUUUCCUGGUUUAAUUGAUAUACUUGAACCGCCUACAAUGUGUCUUACGUGCUGUGGAAGACCACCAUGUUGCAAUACAUGUGGACUCGAUAUUGGUCUUGAUAAUCAACACUUAAUUAGUGAAGUGCCUGAAAAAUAA